GGUAGUCACAAGGGUGAAAUCUGGCAUGAGAUAGUACUAAAUCUUUCUCAGGAGCGACUUGAAGCUAUGUUUAUUUCUUCUUCCGAUACAUGAGUUAUCAACGGUCAAGCUGGUUAUGUUCCGCGAUAUCUCGCAGAUACGGGCCUACCUGCCUCCGCUACUAUUCGCAGAACACUAGGACGACCACAAGAGAAAAGGCCAAGUCAAAAAUCGCACAUAUCGAUGCACAAAGUCAAAUAUCACCUGCACUCGUCGACUCGUUUCAUAGGAGACACGAUUAUCUUCGCAUCUCUUUGACAGAGAGAUGUAAUCUUCGAUGCUUUUAUUGCAUGCCUAACGAAGGAGUAGAGCUAUCACCGGCCGAUCAUAACCUUUUUGUAAGAAGCGGCGUCACUAAGAUACGUUUGACUGGGGGAGAGCCUACUGUACGAAAAGGCUUGGACGGCAUAAUUCGUCGCCUUAACGAGCUCCGCCCACUCGGUCUCCAGUCCAUCGGAAUGACCACUAAUGGAAUCGCCCUACAUCGCCGCCUGCCUCUCUAUAUCGAAAGUGGCUUAACACACCUGAAUCUGAGCCUCGAUACUCUGGACCCCUUCAAGUUUGAAAUUAUGACUCGGCGUCCUGGUCACGAUGCAGUUCUUCGUUCACUCAGUGCUGCCCUCAACAGUCAAAGCUUACGAUCAGUGAAAUUAAAUGUGGUCGUCAUUAAAGGCCUCAAUGAUUCAGAAAUCCUGGAUUUUGUCAAAUUGACUGCGGACCAAAAUAUAUCUGUUCGAUUUAUCGAAUUUAUGCCCUUUACAGGAAACAAGUGGGAUAAGGCAAAGAUGAUCCCUUCCAGCCAGCUUUUGGACAUUAUCUCAAGGGAAUACCCCUCUAUAACACGAGCACCCGACGAACUCAAUGACACUGCACGAUCCUGGAAGAUUCCAGGACAUGCUGGUAGUUUAGGCUUCAUUAGCAGCAUGUCAGAUCAUUUUUGCUCGUCCUGCAACCGCCUACGUCUGACAGCAGACGGGCAAAUUAAAGUUUGUCUCUUUGACGCCAAGGAAGUAUCCCUUAGAGAUGAAAUGCGACGCGGCGCUAGUGAUAGAGAACUCUUAAACGUUAUUGGGCGCGCUGUCCGAGGAAAACAGGAGAAGCACGCCGGAAUGGAGGACAUUGAUGUCAUAACCAACCGACCUAUGAUACUCAUCGGAGGCAUACAGCCUCGCAAGUCUAGAAUGCGACCAUUGCCACGCCUUCCUGCACAAUCUUUCCAUUUCAAUGAUACAAUGUUGUUACCUCAGAUCCAUCGACGCUGGAGCUCAUCAUCCAGCCAAUCUGGCCUCCAUUUGACUCACAUUGGUUCUGAUGGUCGGCCAUGCAUGGUCGAUGUCGGUAGUAAGGACGCAACGAAGCGUACUGCUAGUGCCAGCGGUCGCAUAUACAUCCCGAGAUCUGCAUAUGACCUUGUCACAGGAUCGGGUAAUGUUGACUCCACGGACGAGACGAUCCAGAAGGCUCGCAGCAAAGGGGAUGUGAUGACAGUCGCCCAACUGGCAGCGAUCAUGGGGUGCAAGCGAACCUCCGACCUCAUUCCUCUAUGCCAUCCUAUCCAGAUAUCCAAUGUAUCCGUCACAUUGACGCCUGAGCGUGCCGUGUGUCCAGUUUCCCAGUCUGGUGAUGAAGGCACCCUCGAGUAUAGCAUAAAGUGUACUGCUACCGUGGCAUGCGAAGGCAAAACCGGAGUGGAAAUGGAAGCACUGACGGCGGUAUCGGUCGGUCUCCUUACAGUUUGGGAUAUGCUGAAAGCCGUGGCAGGUAAGGAAAUGAAGAUCGGUGAAAUCAUAGUCACGCAUAAAACAGGUGGUAAAAGUGGUGAUUUCACUCGAGGCCCGUAACCAUUAGUCUUAUCACCAAUGUACACGCAGCAGUCCUCAACAUAUAUCCUCAAUUUCAUCCUAAUUUUUGGUGGCAAAUUUCAA